AUGGACGACUGUAAACCCGUGGCUACUCCCAUGGUUGCGAAUGAGAAAUUCAACAAAGACGAUGGUACACCAAAUGCAGACGCAUCCACAUACCGAAGCCUGAUUAAAAGCUUACUAUAUCUAACUGCCACAAGACCAGAUAUCAUGUACGCAACAAGUAUGCUAUCAAGGUUCAUGCAAAGUCCGAGUCAAGUUCACUAUGGAGCCGCGAAAAGAAUAUUGCGAUAUUUGCAAGGCAUAUUCUCGUGGUCAUCGAAAAUGCAAGAUUGUGUGGUGCAAUCAUCAACAGAGGUCGAGUAUGUCGCAGCAACACUAACGACAAGUCAAGCUAUUGGCUCAGAUGUAUUCUUGGAUACAUGGGUGAACACCAAGAAAGUCCAGCAGAGAUAUACUGCGACAACAAGUCAGCAAUAG